AGCUGUCACAGCAUCCGGUCCGGUUCCGCUAAUACAGGAAUACAGAGCUUAACCCGUAAUGAGGACGCUAUAAUCAUCAUCAUUUCAUCCCAGGACGAGGACGAGCUUAUUAGUGACCUACCUUCCCGCCAGACAGCCAACUCCAACCCAGUUUACGUCAGAGGAGGCUGGACCAGACUUACUGGGAAGAAAAGAGGAGGAUUUAAGUCGGACCGAGACCUGCUGAGGUUUUUGUGACGAUGAGGACAAAACAAAUGAGACAGGUCCGUGUUCUUCUGCCCAACAAACAGCAUCUGGAUUGUUCUGUCAGAAUGCGAGCCAGAGGACAGGAAGUGAUGAAAACGGUGCUGCGUUCGCUCGGUGUCGGCGAUCUCCAAGUGUUUGGUCUGGCUCUUCUCAGAGAAAACGAAUAUCUUUUUCUGGAUUUGGAACAAAAGCUGAGGAAAUAUUUUGGUAAAACAUGGAGCAGGAACUCCCUAAACGUUCCAUUCAUCGUAUUUCUCAGAGUAAAGUUUUAUUUGGAAAACGGGCUGCUGAUAUUGAGCAGCAAGGUGCAGCAACUUUACUACUGGGAGCUGAGGCAGAAAGUGCUGCAAUCCCAGAACCACCAACAGGAAGCUCUGCUCUUCCAGCUGGCAGCUUCAGCGCUUCAGGCUGAAGCCGGAGAUCUGGAACGUGGAGAAGGAGCUGAAGACGAGGGAGGAGAUGAGAAAAAAGAGAGAAUGCAAUACUUUCUGCCAGAAGAUUACUUUCCAGCUUGGCUAAUAAAUCACAGAGGGAGAAACUUCCUUCUCCAACACAGUCCAGUGUUGCACGGUGAGCUGAGAGGGACGCCACGCAGCCGAGCCAUCCUGCAGUUCAUAAAGGAGGCCAGCGGCCUGCAGGAUGCAGCGCUGACUUUCUACAGGAUGAAGCAGGGGGAAAAUGAGCUGAGCAGUUCGAUCCUUCUCGGCGUGGCGCUGGAUGGAGUCUAUAUCUAUCAGGAGGUGGAAGGGAAGAAGCGCGUACUGUUUGCUUUUACCUGGUCUGAGAUCGACCGGUUUACUUUCCAGGGCAGCAGGUUUGAAAUAGCUGCAGUCGACUCAAAGCUGGUGUAUUACACCCACUCAGCCUUCCACUCAAAGCACAUUUUGAAACACCUGAGCGACAGCCAUCGCUUCUACGUGAACAGCAAGGAUGCAGCUUGCUACAUCCAGCAGCUAGAAGACAUGCAAACCUGCCAGCUCCACAGAGAGGCUUAUAUCUGCGACAUGACAGAUUUAAGACAGAGACUCCGAUGUUACAACCUCACUGGAUCGGAGUCCGAUUGCAGCAACAUGGAGACGGACACAACCUGGAGCAAAGUCGGAGCGGAGGAGGAGCAAAGUCCUCUAUCAGAGGUUGAAUCUGAAGAGGCUUUUGUCGAUGACCCAGCAGAAGUGACCUGGCUUGCCGAGUUCCUGUAUGGUGUGUCUGUUGAUGGACCUUUACAGCUCCCAUCUUCCACCUGGGCAGCUGUGACCAUGGAAAUGAAACAGGUUUUGUGCAAAAGAGUGGGUGAAGCCUCUCACUCUUUUGAUUCACAGUGAAAAGCAAGGGGAGUUUGUCGCACCUUCUGCAGCUCAGGACAAGAAGAUGACGAUGAUGCACAGCAAAACAGUGGAAAUAUAUCAACAAAAUAUUCUGUUUUCUACAAAUUUGCAUUCAGAAUGAAACCAAAAUGCAUAUUUAAAAUAAUCUGACAGUAUGCUCAGCAUCACUUAGAUGCUAUUAUUAUGCUUAUGUUAUGACUGCUAUUCUGAUCUCACAUUGGUUUAAGAUAAACCAUUUUUAAACAGGCCAUUAUGCUGCUUUAUACAGUAAAGUAAACUUAAUUUUAUUGUAAAAUGUAACCCCUACAUAAUGCUAGUGUUAUGUGUCCAUUAGCUUUUGCAGGCUUACAAUCACCAUUGUAAGUGUUGAUUUAAGUAUUUAUACCUUUGUUAACACAUUUUUUCCCAUGCUACACCCACAUAGUCUGAUUUUAUGUGAAUGGUGUGCAUCUGCAGUUACUGCUACACAUAAGACUGCUACACAUAAGUCAAUUUUAAUAAAUUAGAUAUCAGUUUCGAUAAGAUUAAUUUCUAAAAUUAAAGGAUCUUUUUGAAAAUAAAAUGUAAGCAGAUAUUAAACAUAUUUCAUUCUACCCACAUCUUGCAUUAAAACCUUUUUAAUAUCAUAUAUUGUUAAAUAUCAUGAUUUUAUUAGCUAUAAACUGAUAAUGAUCAAAAAUAAAGGCUUAAAAACAUCAGUUGGUGAGCAAUUAAUCUAUAAUGUUUCAAUUGAGUCACUGAAUAUACUUUAAAGUUUAUAAUUUUACUGCUUAGAACCCCCAAGCUUUCAGGAGCUCCCA